AUGAAUUUCGCCUCAAACCAGGGUGUAAACCCUUCAAUAUUCCGUGUCAAUCUUCAUACGUUCGCUCCUUCACACCCUCUGGGUGUGAAGCCUUCAGGUAACGCGUUGAUGGCAGAUUGUUUAAAGAAGCUCGAAAACCAAAGGCAGAGGCAGCUAGGCAAAUUCGGGGUCUUUCCAGAAAAUGUGCUUACGCAUUUACUAUCUUUCAUUGACAAUCCACGAGAUUUAUUGAGUUUGGGGCAUACGUCUAGGGUAUUUUACGCAUACACAUACAACGAAGAACUUUGGAGAAGACUUUAUAUCGAGGAAUUCGUUUCACUUGAGGAAAACACAGCUGAGGCGAGCACCCAGAUCUCACCAUUUGCAUCGUCCAAAUGGAGGGGUUCGUGGAGAAAGACGGUGCUAAAAGUUGAUCAAGAGGCUUUGGUUAAAGUGAACGAUUUGGUCUUCUCUGAUCAUUUGUAUAGGCCCUAUCAAUGCUCACAAAUUGACUUCGAGCACCUUUUUAGAAAAGUGAUUGAGUUUCAGGUAUCUUUAAAAGAUCUGGGCCCAAGCUGGAGUCCUACAUUUGGUGUCCAAAGACUUGACGAAAUGAAGCUAACUCUAGAUGAGUUCGAAAAGCACUUUAUCGACAUUCCGUUUAUUUUACAAAAUCAUUCAAAUCCCAAGAGAUGGCCUGAAUGGAGCUUAGAAACACUUGUCGAGGGCUUUGGCUCCGUGAAGUUUCGACAGGAAGCUGUAAAAUGGUCUUUAUCAUUUUACGCCGACUACUUCAAACAAAACUGUGAUGAGUCACCUCUUUAUUUGUUUGAUUGUAGUAGUAGAGCCAUAAAAACGCUAAAGCAGGAAUAUGAGGCACCCAUUAUUUUUCAAAAUGAUCUUUUCAAAGUCUUUGAGAAUGCCGAUACACAGUGCAGACCUGAUCACCGUUGGCUUAUUGCUGGUCCCCAAGGCAGCGGCUCAACUUUUCAUAAAGACCCGAAUUACACCUCGGCUUGGAACACCGUUCUUACUGGAAAAAAGCUAUGGAUCAUGUUCCCUCCUGACGUUAAACCGCCAGGAAUUUCCACGGAUGAGGAGGAGGAUGAGGUUACGUCCCCAGUAGGUGUAGCAGAGUGGAUUCUUUCGGGAUUUUACAAUGACGCCUUAACUUUGGCACAGGAUGGUAAAUGUCGUAUCGCCGUUACCUUCCCUGGCGAUUGUAUAUACGUACCGUCUGGUUGGUGGCACUCAGUGAUAAACCUCACCGACUCAGUGGCGUUGACUGAGAACUUCGUGCCGGCUCCAACACUACCAAAAAUCUUACUGUUUUUAAAAUCUAAAAGGAAGCAGCUCUCUGGAUUUCACUUGCAUGACAUAAUGUUGGCGGCAACAAAAUUUCUGGAGAAAAGAGGAAUUUUUGGCAACCAAGAGUCGGAAGAUAAUUUUAUGAAACUGGAGAAUUUUUUGUCUACAGAAAUGGCUGACGCUAUUGACAAUAGAGAUUGUGGCCUCUCGGAGGCAGCUUCAGAAUUGCCAAUUUUCGAAUUUUUUGUUGAACUGCUAAGAUCAUCAAAGUUCGAACCGAUGCUAGAGGAUGCGCUAAAGAAAAUGAAGGCGCUAGAGUCCGAAGAAGCAAAAAAGAGACAUAAGCAAGUCAAGGUUUCUGACAGAUGGACGUCACUCGCAGCGGACUCUAAUAAUGGCUUUAGUUUCAGCCUAAGUCUUGAGUGA